AUGACCAACGGAUUAACCAUAACAGGAAAUGGAAGUUGCACUUGCGGAUCAAAGAUCAAUUAUAUGGUAUCGUAUAAAUCUUGCCGACCAAACAACAACAACAAAGAUGGCGAACGCAACAAAAGUCUGACAAUGUUCAAGAGAACAUACGAUGUACACGCUAAAACAUUAGCCGAGGCAACAAUAGUUGGAUGUUUUAAGGAUUUCCCAACGAUAAAUAGACAACACAUCAACAACAUCAACACAACUAACAUCAACAACAAUAAUAAUAAUAAUAAUAGCGGCCAGAAUAGCAAAAAGAACACAUUGACCAUGGCAGAACAGUUUGAGGCAUGCCUCAACUUUUGCAGACUAAAUAAUUUCUAUUAUUUUUCAAUCAAGAUAAGCGAAUGUUAUUGUGAGAGGGACGUUGAUGCAAGUAAGAUGGUUCUUAUUAGCAUGUGCCUGGCCGAUUCCCGCUUCUACACAGUUUACACUGAUUGCUCGAAGAACAAUGGAGACUGCGGUGACAAUUUGAAAUGUGAGAGGUACCAAAUAGACCCUCUCACGCCACCGUUGACUCAAUGUCUGUGUGAGAAUAUUUGGCACCCUUUGUACAAUGGAACACAUUGCUUUUUUAUGACGUCAGCCGUCGAUUAUUUCGCCAGCGUAGUGGCUAUCGUAUCGGCCAUCAUAGCGAUGCUACUAUUAUUCUCUUGCAUGGUAGCCUGUCUGUCACAUCUCUGCAAUAGGAACAGGAUUAAGAGAACGAUCGAAGUGGCUGAUACGUUGAUGGAGCAAGAAGAAGAAAUGUUAUAA